AUGAGCAGCCUGCCACGAUCGUGGGAGUCCUACAACAUCGCCAUGAUGGCGUGCGGCAGCGCCAAGGCCUGGGAGACUUCCCUCGCCCUGCUCGAGAGCGCGAGCGCGUCGAAGGUGCCGGAGCUGGCGCGCGACGCGCUCGCGUUCGGCAUAGCCGCGUACGGUUGCUACAAGGCCGGCCUCUGGCAGAAGGCCAUAUCGCUGCUCGCCACCAUGCAGGCCGAGAAGGUCACGCCUGACGCUGUCGUGUACGCGUGCUGCGCCCAGGCUUGCAAGCAGGCGAAGGAGCCGAAGAAAGCCAAAGGGCUGCUUGACGAAAUGAAGUACCUCAACCUGAACCAGUAUUCGGUGGAGGACGUGCUCGGCGAGACCGAGUGGGUGCUGGAGGGGCCGGAGAUGCGGCAUCCCGUCCCGCUCUCCGCCCUUGCAGAGAUGGCUGGGAAGGAGGCAAAGCUGUACAAGUGGGUCGUCGAGAGGGCGACGCGCGGGGACAUCGACUCGGUACUGAAGGCGAUCGAGGACUUCGCAGACGACCGGGCCUGGCUCAAGAUCCAGGGAGAGGAGAAGCGGGCGCUCCUGGAGAAGGCGGCGGGCGCGAGCCCGCGGCGCGGCGAGGCGCUGAGGCCGCCCGGCAUCGCGUUCGCUGGCCGCCUGCGGCGCACGUACCGGCGGCUGCGCAGGGGCCGUGCCCGCCAGGCGGCGGACUCGGCCAUUGCCAGGCUGACCGCUGACAAGAGGCAGCUGCAGGAAGACCUGAACGCCAAGCGCAACGCCGACGAGAUCGGCCACAAGUUCACCGCGCUCAUUCCCAUGCUGGGGGAGCUGCUCAGCCUGCUCCUGGAGGCGCAGGCGGCACGCGACGGCGCGAGCCUUGGUGGCCCUGCGGUGCCCGCAGGGCUGCGCGCCGAUGCUGCGAUGUUCGUGCCGCUCAACCACCAGGGCGGCUGGCUGGGCGUGGAGGCGGAGCCGAAGCUGUACCACGACGAGGCGCCGCGCUGGACCAGCGACGCGGACGCGGAGGCCGAGCAGGUCUCUGUGCUGCUGGCGGAGCUGGACCAGGGCGCGGGACCGCACGUGGAGAAUGAUGAGUUUGAACGACGACAGCGAGCGCGAUACGACCAGGUGGGCAUUGAAGAGUUCGAAGGACUCCGCUUGCGGGUCACUAACACCAAGAAGCGCAUGCUGGAGCCCCUGGCCACUAUGCAGGCGUCGCUUUCUGCUCUGUCCGCCUCUGUCACAAGCGGGAUGGACGCGGUGGAGGAGAAGCUCGAGUUCCGCCUCAGCUCCAUGGAGAAGCGCCAGUCUGCCCAGGAGGAGCGCGUCGACCACCUCGAGGCGCAGAUCACCGCCCUCCAGCUCGCCCUCGGGGGGGUCAGGUCGGACCGCCAUGUUCCUCCUCUCCCUGCUCCUAGUUUCAAUCGCAACAUCGACCCCACCAUCCUGCUCCUCCGCUUCAAGUUCUCCACUGCCAAGGCCGCCGUGCUGGCCUCACUAUCUGAUUGGCUCUCUCGAGCCCAGCUGGAGCAGGACGACUUCGUCAUCGAGGGCGACCCUGUGUCCAACAAGUACGUGCUGCGGAUCAAGGGCACCCGUUCCUACGGUGCCCACAAAGUGCAGCAAGCCGUCGGGGCUCUUCGGCGCGCUGACGGUGAAUGGGAGCGCUUCUGCGUCGCAGCUCCCACUGGCGAACAACAGGAGCUGUCCACGCACCUGGACGCAGACCCCUCCGUCGAUCCAAUGAGCAUUGCAAGAGACUGGCGAGCCUCCAAGGACCCGAUUAUGAGCCCUAUCCUAGCCAGCAUGACCGAGAUUGACACCCCUGACCCCGCCCACUACAGCAAGGCGUCGGGCACCCUUAACAUCACUGACCGUAUAUUUCUGGGUUUUUUUGGACGGGUCUGCAACCAGCUGUUCUCUAGUGGCCAGGUGAGUAAGUUCCCCGAGGUCUUCCAGGUCAAGGGCCUCUCGGACCACGCGCCGCCGCCUGCGCCCAUUGCCGCGAGCCCCCCGAUCCCGCCCGGGGACCAGACACGGAUCAUGAGGAAGGCCGCGCAGAUGGCUAGGGAUGCCAUGAUCGCGAAGCGCCCCGAGUCAGUCCGCGAGCUGCACGUCUUUGAAUUUCUGCUGGCGUCGAACCAGAUCCACCGCAGCGAGGCCGACGGCGGGCAGUCUGAAGUUCGGGCCAGCCUGCAGAGGGAGACACCAGCCAGCACUGCCAAGAAGCUCCGCCGCCGCCUGCGUGCUCUUGCUUCGCGGAGCCGUCUGCGGCGCCCGCUCGACAGGCGAAUUUGCGCGCAGGCGUUCGACACGCUGACGGGGCCCAGGCGGCCGGGCACCCGCUCCGCCAUGGCGGCCGUCGGGUACCAGAGGCACUACCAGCUCCCCGACAGGGUGCAGUGGCCCCCGCAGUUCGUCGCCGAGGACGGCCUGUUGCUCCCAGGGGGCGCCCUCGACCCCAACGAGGCGCCCUUCGGCAUCACCGCGUGCGAGCUGACGGGGCGGGGCGGUGCGGGCGUCCCGCUGGAGUGGCACCAGCUCCGGGACGCCGAGUACCAGCGCGCCUGCAAGGAGUGGCUCUCCUUCUGGCAGGCCGUCGCGCUGGCGCGUGAGGUCAGCAUCGCCUAA